GAACUGCUGGAAAGCUACCAAAAUUAUGCCAAAAACAAGCAAUCCAAUGGAAAGUGAAUCAGACAAUGAACUUCAGGAAGAGACCACUAAUGAUGAUAAUGAUGUUGUUGAUAUACUACUUGGAGAGCUUUCAACCGAAACUGACCUAGUAGUUUAA